UUUAUUUGUAUAAUAUUUUUAUGAACCUCAGGGUUCCACUUAAAAUCAUUACAGUCUUGAUAUAAAUGACAUAAGCGCCGCCUAACGGUUUACUCUUUCAUUUGUCGACCAUUUGUAAACAUGGCUCCGCCCACUACAAAGAAGUCCAAGGGACCAGCCAUUAAAAAACAGGCCCUUCGGGGUAAAGGCCAAAAGAAAAAGGUAUCCCUUAAAUUCACUAUAGAUUGUACACAUCCUGCAGAAGACAAUAUUAUGGAUGUAGCUAAUUUCGAAAAAUAUUUACAUGAAAGAAUUAAAGUUGCUGGGAAAACAAAUAAUUUUGGUAACAGUGUUACAUUGGAAAGGGAUAAGAUGAAACUAUCUGUUAACAGUGAUAUCGAUUUUUCUAAACGGUAUCUCAAAUAUCUUACAAAAAAAUAUUUGAAAAAAAAUAAAUUACGUGAUUGGUUACGUGUUGUAUCAAAAGACAAAGAAACCUAUGAGUUAAGGUACUUCCAGAUUAACAGUCAAGAAGAUGAUGAUGAAGAAGAUGCAGAAUAAAGUUUUAAUUGUAUGAUGCAAUUACAGAAUUAUCUGUACAUAUUUCUACUAAUAAAUAAUAGGAAAAAAUUGAAUGCAUUUUAUAAAUAAAAAA